UCUUUUAUGAAACUAUACCUUGAAAGCGAGACAUUCAAUUCCAGUUUGAUCUGGAAACUUCUGAGGGGGGUUAAAGUUUGACAUGUGGUGGUUUAAGAUGUUGUUGACCAUCAUAAAAAUUUAGCAGCGCGUGAUUGAAUGGUGGUCUUUCGGGGUUAUCUGAGGUCUUUGGUACACCGAGUGGAAGAAAACCGACUGCUAUACAGACUUGAACCGAUCCAAUCCAGUUCAAAACUGGAUCUGUGAGACCUUUGCCUCGGUGACCUUUUAAACAAACGCCAAGAAAAAAAUCUCACAGACGAUGAGAGGCUUGAUAUAUAGUAGACUUGGAUCCAGUCUCGCACUUUCGAAGCACUUGUGUAAAUGCGUAGCUAUUUCUGUCCUCGCAGAAGGCCUCUUUGUCGAUUUUUGAGCAAAUUAUGGAACAUUACCCACUCCAACGACCGAUUUUUGAGUGCAUGUGGAGUCAAUGCCAUGCGCGCUUUCCAUCUUUGGUGUUGCUAGGAAGUCAUAUCACUUCGGAACACUGUCCAAGCAGAAGGGAAGUGUCUGCAAAAUGUCAAUUCUUUCCGUACACAUGCAAGUGGUACGACUGCCCUCGAAAAGGAAAGCACUUUGAAGCAAGAUACAAACUUCUGGACCACAUCCGAACGCACACCAACGAGAAGCCAUUUCAGUGCAAUGUUUGUCAGAAAUCGUUUAGUAGAACUGAGAAUUUGAAAAACCACAUUCGAACCCAUACAGGUGCUAAACCGUUCCGUUGCACAUACGUCGGGUGCACAAAAGCGUUCAGCAACUCAAGUGAUCGGUACAAGCACACACUCACGCAUUGGAUAGACAAACCAUACAUUUGCAAGGUUCCUGGCUGUGGAAAAAAAUAUACUGACCCUAGUUCAUUGCGGAAACACUUGAAGUCAUCGGCCCACAGUAAAUGUCAGCAAAGCUGGAUCGAAGAAAGGGAGAAUAUAAUUUUCUGCUGGCCCCAGGAACAGCUUUAUCCCAUUGAUCUUUCUGUAAAGUGAAAUGAUUACCAAAAAGCUCAUAUCGUAUUAUGUAUAUAUUCUUAAAAUUGUAUUUUUGUUGUGAUAUUUGUAUGUAUCAAUAUAUUUUAUUGUAAUUUUA